CCCCGCGUUAGCAGCAGCAGCAACAGAAGCACCGCCACCAUCACCUGUGAUAUGAAUUUUGAUGGCUGCUGUUGCUGUCAUGAUAGUACUGCGUCAGUUACUGACGCUCAUAUCAGACGGCCCCAAAAGCGUUACUUUUCCAAUGACCCAAAAAGCAGUAAUAUUAACUUUGAUCAACAAACUUCAGUAUCUAUCCUAUCUGUUCCAAUCAUGGAUCCGUUCUACCGUGAUCUACAAGCCCUUCAAUCCGACCAUAUGUUGCUUCAGACUAAAUUCAAACUCUCACAACAGAAUUUACAAAAAUCUUAUCAGGACCUAUCAGUGGCCCAAUACCAGACCAAAUGUGCAAAGGUGGAUGUCGAUCGACUCAGAACACAGAUGAAUAUAACCCUUAAAAGCCAUGUUGACCAUCUUCCUGAAAGACAUACUCUAGCUCAACAACUGGCAGAGCUUCAGACAAGGCUUGAUGUAGAGAUUGGGUCCAGGAAAGCUCUGGAACAGGAAUAUGAUGCCCUACGCCGAGAAAACCUACAAAUUAAAUCCAAAGCACCACGAUCCAAAAACACCACAGCUGCUACAGCCUCUUUUACAGACUCCGGUAAGGGUGAUAGUCCUGGUAACUCUCCAACGACAGCUUGGUCGGCCAUGUCAUUUAUUCCGUUCUGGAAGGACGAUAUGAGUAGUAAUAGUCAUUACAACGGCGGGGACAGUCAUCAAAAGAGCAUGAGUAAUGGUACCAAUGAAAACAAUGCCAGUGCACUCUCCCCUAUGAAAAACAUUCACAAAUUAAAUUCACUGGAAAAGAAGGAUGGGGAACAAAAGAAGGGAGGCUGCACGAUACAACAAGGAGAGAUUGAAACGAACAUUCAUGCAGAAAAUACGACGACACUGUGGGAUGCCGCCACGCCUACUUCAGAACAACUUGAAUGCCAGAAAGUAUUCUACGAAAAACUGCGGGAAGAGAACAUCACAAUGGAAAGAGAGCUGAUUGAUUUGAGGUAUCGUUGCAAAGCGGAGAAAGAUUCGGUCAAGAGCUAUAUGUCUUUGUUCGAAAAUCUUCAGAAGAAACAAUUUAAUGCUUUAGCAGUCUCUCGGUCUAAAAUUGAUCUCCUUCGCUCACAAUCUCACGACCUCCAAGCCGCCCUUGCUGCCCGCGAUUCACAGAUCAAGACCCUCCAUGACACAGUGCAAUCCCAAAUCGUAGAGCUCCAGGUGCUUACUUGUCAAGUUAGUCGAGCUCAGACCGCACGUGCCAAAAUUGAACAAGAGAUGGCGCUUUUAAUUGAGGCUAGCCUUCUGAUGCUUGAGCGUUGGUUUGAAACUAUUCAACAGACCAGGGUUAUGCUAAAAGGGCACCUUGAUCCUGUGCGUCAAAGCAUUCUACACUUAGAGGAGCCUAGUAUCCUGGCGGAGUGGGACCAGUGCGUUAGAAAUAUGGAGUAUAUAAUUGAUCAACUGGCAAAGAGUUUACUCAAGCAGCAGGAGUUUCAGGAGAUAGAGCUAGAAACCGGUGUCGUUCCCGCACAGGAUCCAAAAGCAAUCAUACCCAUCAAUAAUAGCAACAUUAAAGGCCAUGAAUCCAUGGACCAGGACGAGGACAAAAAGAUGGGAGCAUUGAGUCUUGACAACAAUUAUAGCCAGCAAAUAUUUGUUUGGCGAAAGUUUAUGGCAGAUACGUUUUUAGAGAAUUGUGUCAAGACUGUGGAGAACCUUGCACAAGAGAAGAGGGAUUUGCAGGUUCGACUGUUCGAGCAGACAUGUAAUAUGGCUGAUGGGGGACAGCAGCAAAGUUGUAACGCAGCGGAAGUAGAUAUAUUCAAUAGUCAAACUUCACAAUCCGCACUGCCAGCGGAGGCAUCAUCAAAGCAAGAGCAGCAACAAAAAACACAGCAAUAUGAGCAUAUUGGCCGAGGUAAAGCGGAUGAGGUGGCCUCAAAUGAAUACACGUUGGACCAUGGAGCGAAGGAUACGAUUGGAUGGGAAGGAGCACAAAAUGGUGUUAAGAAUGUCACAGCAGUACAUGUACAGAGUACCAUUGCUCCAGAAAAAUUCGACGAUGUGAUGCAUGCAAAAGUCCAGCGACUCGAAGCCAUUUUGAGACGCAUUCUGGGAUGGGAUAAAUGUCGGGAAAUGCGCAGGGGCGAUAGUAUUGAAGGCGAAAUCCUCGGUUUAGGGAUUCCUGGCUUUUUACCGCAGGAUGCGCUCAACGGUGACCUAUUACAGAGCCAAAUGGAAUCUGAUAUGGUUGCUAUCAAUAUAAAGCCAUUUGUCACUACAAACCUCUGCGAACUCAAUUUCAAGCAAUCACAGGAGGAAGAAGAGCUGAGCUCGAUCAUUCAUUGUAUUAGAUCAGAGCUAUCGGAUUUGGGAACACAGUUACCUGCAGUGUCAAAUAUUGAGCAAGAGAAGAUCAGGAAACCUCGUACCGACCAAAGCAUUGUAUACGAAAAGGCUAAUGCUGGCUCAAUAUCGGCCAUCAUGGCACAGCACAAUCUCCCUCCAUUUCCUUCCUCCAUAUUUCUUAAAACCUCGCCUAUGUCCUACGUCCCAUCCCUCGGUUUAUCGGAUAUGGAUCGUGGCCAUAGCUUCCCCCUCGGAUAUGUUAGCGUCAAUGGACUGAAAACUCCUGUCACAUCCCCGGGUUUAAGCGGGAUUGGAUCUGGACCUGAUGGUGAGGCCUCCAUCCUUGACAUGGAUGCCAUUUGCCGCGAUCUCAACUUUCGAUCCUUUCCCAAGAGAUAUCGAUGGUCCAUAUUCAAAGAAAAACAUGCAUAA